UAGUCAGGUAGAUUGGUGGUAGUCAGCAUAUGUGGACCACAUGAAUGAAAAAUGUUUCAGAACUGUUAAAAAAAAAAAAAGACUUCUUUCACCAGAAUCCUGUUCAUACUGUUGCAGAGGUAAAAAAGGCAAUGGCUCUUGGUGGGAACCAGAGUGGUGGGAUGACAGAGUUUAUCCUGGAAGGCUUCCCAGAUCUCAAUAGUACAAGAAUGGAACUGUUUUCUGUGUUCCUGUUUGUCUAUCUGCUGACUCUAACAGGCAAUGUGUUGAUCGUGGGAGUGGUAGGAGCUGAUGCUCGCCUACAAACCCCCAUGUACUUUUUUCUGGGUAACCUGUCCUGUCUGGAGAUUCUGAUCACUUCAGUCAUCAUUCCUAAGAUGCUGAGCAAUUUCCUCUCAAGGAAACACACCAUUUCCUUUGUGGCAUGUAUUACUCAAUUUUAUUUUUAUUUCUUCCUUGGGGCUUCAGAGUUUCUCCUGUUGGCUGUCAUGUCUGUGGAUCGCUACCUGGCCAUCUGUCAUCCUCUGCGCUAUCCCUUGCUCAUGAGUGGAGCUACGUGCUCUCGCAUGGCCGCGGCCUGCUGGGUGGGGGGACUCUUCCCUGUGCUUGGUCCUACAGUGGCAGUGGCCUUGCUCCCAUUCUGUAAACAAGGUGCUGUGGUGCAGCACUUCUUCUGUGACAGCGGCCCACUGCUCCAGCUGGCAUGCACCAACACCAAGAAGCUGGAGGAAACUGACUUCAUCCUGGCCUCCCUUGUUAUCAUAUCAUCACUGACAAUUACUGCUGCAUCCUAUGGCCACAUAAUCCUGGCUGUCCUACGCAUUCCCUCUGCUUCAGGCCGCCAGAAAGCCUUCUCCACCUGCACAUCCCACUUGAUGGUGGUGACCCUCUUCUAUGGAAGCGCCAUUUUUCUCUACGUGCGACCAUCACAGAGUGGCUCUGUGGACACUAACUGGGCAGUGACAAUGAUAACAACAUUUGUAACACCACUGCUGAACCCGUUCAUCUAUGCCUUACGCAACAAGCAAGUCAAGGAAGCUUUGAAAGAUGUGUUCAGGAAGUUGGUAGCGGGCUUUUUACGUAGCCUCUCACUUGCUGAAAACUUCCUUAAGAAAAUGGCAGAGUGAAGGUGGAGGAACUCAGCAACAAGUCUGAGGUUCAGAUAGCUUCUGGGUCACUUUUCCCAUCAUCAUCGCCAUGGACAUCACCAAAAAACUGAAUUCUGGAACCAUUAAUGAACUUCGAAGGUAUCAGGCCUAUCCCCCUUCUGUUUAAGGCAAAAUUUAUUGAUCCUACAUCAUAGCUGAGAAGAACCAGUAAUAUUUUAUAUAUCAUGAUCAUCAUUUCAUAAGACCUUCUAACCUAUAAGUAUUUUUGGUCACUUAGAGAAGCUAAGGAUAUGUUUCAGAAAAUUUGUAAGUCCAUUGGUACCUAAAUUGUAUGUUUGAACACACAUCCAUUUUUGUUUGGAAGGGCAUCUGUAACUUUAAUCCAGUAUGUAGAUAGAGAUACCUGUGUGUACCCUCUCUUUUGAUUAUGAGUCCCAGUUAAACCUUCUAAUUGUUUAUGCAAAUCAAGAAUUUUAA